UGUGUGUUUGUGAGUCUCUCUGUCCCUCCUCAAGAGCUUUCUCUCGAAAAUGGCCGUUUGCUAGGCUUAGGACACCUUCCUCAAACUCAAUUUAAUCCUCAUUCUUUCUGUCUUUUUCCUUAGACGUUUUUAUCACCAUCUCUUCAAUUUAAUCCAAUCCUUUCCUUUGUAAUUCUCGUCAUUCGAGUUUGUUUCUUUGACCCAACACGUUCAACACACCUUUAAUUUUGCACCCUUAGAUAGACGGUGCUACCUUUUUCCAACGUAACACCCAUUCUUCCUCAAAAUUCUUCUUUUAAUGCCAUUUUCUUCGACCCUUUUGGCCAAAAACAGAUCUUUCUUUUGUCCAUUUGAACCUUUUUUUCAUUUUGAAACAAAGGCCCCUUAAGUUGGCUUCUUGAACAGUUGAACGGGGGAAUUUGUUGUUGUUUGGCUUUUCUCACGUGCAUUGUUGGGUCAGUGAGGUUAAAGAUGAACGAGCAUGGAAAUGAAGAACCUGUUUUUGAAUUUGGGGUGGUGAUUCCGAGGAGAGUGGUGCAGGAAAAAGAUGAAUCUUGGGACUGUGCAUCUGUCCUUGUAAAGGAGUUUGAGAAGAUGGGGUUUAUUGUUGAGAGAGUUGUUGGCAUUGCAGAUGAGUUCAUCAAGUUGGCUGCACCUUUGGAGACACUUGGGAGGGCUGCAGCUGAACUACAGAUCAAAAAACGGACUCUUAUUGGUAUGGAUUUGCAAUUUGAGGUGGAGGAGGUGGAAGCUUUUGUGAAACAACCUGAUGGUUCUGUUUUCAGUUGGUGUGAGCGUUUUCAGUGCUACUGUCACUUGAUAUAUGGAAUAGUAAACAACAGCAAGUCAGCCAAAACCCUUAAAUUUGAUGGAAAAGAAAUCCAUUGGGAAAUUGGAGAGAAUCUUCUUCAGAAAUUGGAAUCAGAGAACAUUGUUAAGCAAGUCUUUCCUUUGCAUGAUGAAAAGAAGAGAAAGAAACUUCUCAGAAGUUGGGCACUUCAUUGGUGGGACUUAACUAAUCAGCCAAUUGAUGAGAUUUAUUCUUACUAUGGGGCAAAGAUUGCAAUCUAUUUUGCUUUUCUUGGAAUGUUCACAAGGUGGCUGCUCUUCCCUGCUGCAUGUGGGCUUACAUUGCAAUUGAUAGAUUUUGGGUCAUUGAGAUUAGUGGUGCUUCCUGCUUUCUUCAUCAUAGUGAUACUUUGGGCAAUAAUGUUUUCUCAGUUCUGGAAACGUAAAAAUUCUGCACUGUUAGCAAGAUGGCCUAUUAGUUCUGCAGUUGCAGCUGACCAAGGAUACAAGAUUCUAGGCAGGAAGGCCAGCUCAUGGCAGCCCCCAAUGGAACUCUUGAAAGUAUUUGAGUCUGAUAGAGCUAAAGAGAAGGAAAUAUUUCAUAGACAUGAGUGGCUUGGGCGUCUCAUGCGAUUCAGAAAUGAUGCUAUAAUUAUCUUUGGCAUCAUAUGCCUCCAGUUACCAUUUGAGUUGGCAUAUGCCCAUCUUUAUGAAGUUCUUGGUUCUGAUUUAAUUAAGUUUGGGCUCACUGCUGUUUACCUUUUCGCCAUUCAGUAUAUUACCAAGAUUGGUGGCAAGGUGUCUGUAAAACUUAUCAUGAAUGAAAACAACGAAAACACAGAAAAAAGGGCUGACAGCUUGGUCUACAAGGUGUUUGGCCUGUACUUCAUGCAGACAUACAUUGGAAUCUUUUAUCAUGCCCUGUUGCAUCGUAAUUUUUCAACUCUUCGCCAAGUGUUGAUUCAGCGGCUCCUUCUGUCUGAGGUGUUGGAAAACUUGUUGGAAAAUUCAUUGCCAUAUCUCAAGUAUAGCUAUAAAAAGUACAGGGUUCGACACAAAAAGAAUGAGAAAGGAGAAGCAAGAGAAAAAUUCCAGUUUACUUCUAGAGUAGAGAAAGAAUACCUUAAGCCCUCUUACUCUGCUAGUAUUGGUGAGGAACUUGAAGAUGGAUUAUUUGAUGAUUUCUUAGAAUUGGCAUUGCAGUUUGGAAUGAUUAUGAUGUUUGCUUGCGCAUUCCCACCUGCAUUUGCUUUUGCUGCUGUGAACAAUGUUAUGGAAAUCAGGACAGAUGCAUUGAAGCUGCUAGCAAUUUUGAGGCGGCCUGUUCCUCGUGCAGCUGCAACGGUAGGAGCCUGGCUUAACAUAUUUCAGUUUCUUAUAUUGAUGUCUAUAUGCACAAACUGUGCUCUUUUAGUAUGGCUAUAUGAUGAGGAGGGGAAAUGGAAAAUAGAGCCUGGACUAGCAGCAAUUCUAAUCAUGGAGCAUGUCCUCUUGUUGAUUAAGUUUGGUUUCUCUCGCUUUGUUCCUGAGGAACCUGCUUGGGUAAGAGCCAACCGUGUAAAACACACUACACAGGCACAGGAUAUAUGUUCUAAGAAGCUUUUAAGGUCCAUUUCAGGCGGAGAGAAGACUCUUAUGGAGGAGAAAAAAUUGGAAUAAUGCCUUUCCACGUUAUCAUUUACGUCAUUACCAGUUUAACACGAGAGAAAGAAAGCUUAUGCUGGAUUGUCUUUUAGUUAUCUCAGUUUUCCAUGGAUGAAUUGUAUAUUAAGAAGGGAUUUUGCUUUAAUUGACCUGUUUGCCUUCCCUCACCUGUACUAACUAACUCAUAUAACCCUACAGUUCAGUCUCCCUUCUAAAUUGUAGAUAUGAAAAUUACGAAUUACUUCAAGUGUUAUCAAAAUGUUAGUGAAAUUAGGAUUGUCUUUGGAAGCAUUUGAAUGGAGAGAAAAAUUAGUUUCUAAUUCCAGAU